UAAUAUUAAGAUUCUGGAACUGAGGUAUUCUGAGAGUUCUGAAACGUGUCAUAGCUGACAACAGCAUUUUUCAAGUGCUUUUGAACAGCAACAAGACUAUUUACAUUAAGACUAUCCUGGUCAUUGUGUACCAAGUAGAGGUUUUGGGAUGGAGAAGACGGAGAUGGCUCACGCUGCACAGCAGCCCACCUUGGAUGACUCACAGAGCGAGGAGGAGGAGGAUGAUGAUGGCUUUGUUGGGGGGACCGGAGUGCAGUCAGACAAGGGACAGAGUGGCAUGGAGUCAGAGGGUGUGGAUGAAGAGGCAGGACCUGCAGCCCAACCCAAGGAGAAGGAGGAGGAUUCCUUUGCCCGGAUGCUUUCUAUCUGGGGCACCACCAAGUACAUCAGCAAGUGGAAGAUGGCCCAUCGGAGAGGCUACCACAUCAACUGCCUGACCGACGACCCCGAACGCAAGGCCAUGAUCAUGCAGCAUGAGCUGGACUGCAAAACCAGUAUUCCCCUCCCUAUGGUGUGUAUGAUUGAGAAGGAGACCCUGCAGAUUCUUCAAAAUAUUGAGAAUGAUUACAAGUACAAGUUGGGCGCCAGCCACCAUCUGACGAAAGAGCUCCAUGAGCGUAUUGAGAGCCUGAAGUGCCAGGUAUCCUCCAAGGUUAGGCACAGUGAGCCGGCCCCAGAGGGAGUGCUGGCGACCCUGGUGGGGUGGGGCAGGGCACUGUCUGCUAUGCUGGGUUGGCGCAGUGGCGCCUCAGCUACUAAAGACGAGAAUGCUCUACCCUGCAAGGAGUGUCCCCUUGAAACAGACGACACAAAAGAAUAAAGACUUGAAUUUCAACUGGUUGAAUAGAAAUGACUAAUCUGUGAUUCUUCUUGAAGUUACAAGCAUUUUGCUACACCGGCAAUAACAUGUGUAUGUGACCAAUACAUUUUGAUUUGAUUUGGUAGUUGUGUUUUGGUAGCAGUUCAGCACAUUUGGCACCAGAGGGCUCUAAUGACUGGACUGACUAAAGCUCAGCAUUCUACUACACACUGAUACAA